AUGAACAUGGAAGACAUAAUAUUGGAAUAUGUUUGCCCAUCAAUGGGAUGUAUAAUGGCAAACGCCAUGAAUGCAGCACCGAUAUCCGAUUUGAGACAAGCACUUACGGUUGGGACAUUGGGUGAUUUGAAUCCAUCUCCUUGGGUGUUCAUGACAGGAAAUUGUCUUGGGCUGUGCGCGUAUUCGUAUUACACUAACGAUCCAUUUAUAUUGGCAGCCAACUUACCAGGAUUACUACUAAGCCUAUGGUUGAAUCACGGAGCCAUCAAGCUGCAAUAUUUGGAGUUGAGAACAAGAGCAGGUGGUGGCGGUGGCGGUGAUAAUCUACUAAACAACCACAACAAUAACAACAUAGGUGGGGAUGAUGAAGAAGCCUUGGACUUGCAGGACGAUUCCAUAAUACACGGCGUUUCGACCAGUAACAAUCAAAGAACAAUGGACGAACAACGGCUGAUACCACCAGAAGCAAUGAUAUUCGUGUCACAAGAAGUCAAACUCUAUCGAAUACUGCUGGUCUGGUCCAGUGUUCUGAUAUGGGUCGGUUGGAUCAGUCCACUGCUAAGAACCAUCAAUUCCUCUAUCUUUCUGACAAGAAUCUCGUCCGGCACCGCUCCCGAGAUUGUGGGACUCGGCGUCAAUAUGAAUCUAAUCUUUUUCUAUGGUGCCCCAUUGACAUCGAUAUUCCAAGUGGUCAAGACGAGACGGUCGAGUAGCAUUCAUCGUCCUACCAUGUACAUGAGUUUUAUGAAUGCAACAUUCUGGACUGGUUAUGGUUUUGCUCGAAUGGAUCCAUUUAUCAUUGUCCCCAAUGGAGUUGGAAUGAUACUUGGGAUUGUUCAGUUCACCUUGUGUAGAAUGUUUCCAAAGGGAGAAGGAGAUAGAAUACCGAUUCGUGGGGAAUCCUUUGAUGACGAUGGACUCAUGAUGACUAAAGUGAAUACCGGCCAUGAUGAUUAUAAUGACAAUGAUUCAAAAGAUAAUCAAACGGGGGGCGAUGUCGAACUAGACGAUGAUGAUCUUGAGUUUCUAUAG